AUGCAUCUCACCAACAUCCUCCUUGCCUCCCUGGCUUCCGCCGCCACUGUUUCCGCACAGUGCGCUCUUCCUUCCAGCUACAAGUGGACGUCUUCCGGACCUCUUGCCAGCCCUAAGGACGGCUGGGCUGCCCUCAAGGACUUCACUGCUGUUCAGUACAAUGGAAAGAAGCUCGUCUACGGCACCACCACCAGCUCUGCUGGCAAGUACGGCUCUUUUAACUUCGGCCUCGUCAGCAACUGGUCCGACCUGGCCUCGGCCAGCCAGACCGCCCACAGUUUCAGCGCCGUCGCGCCCACUCUGUUCUACUUCUCGCCCAAGAAGGUCUGGGUUCUGGCGUACCAGUGGGGUCCUACCACCUUCUCCUACCGCACCAGUACCGACCCCUCCAACGCGAACAGCUGGGGUGCAGCUCAGCCUCUCUUCUCUGGCACAGUCUCUGACUCAGAUACCGGCGCUAUUGAUCAGACUAUCAUUGGUGACUCCCAGAAUAUGUACUUGUUUUUCGCCGGUGACAACGGCAGUAUCUAUCGCGCUAGCAUGCCCAUUGGCAACUUCCCUGGCAACUUCGGUACCGCCAGCACCGUUGUCAUGACUGACAGCAGGAACAAUUUGUUCGAGGCCGUUCAGGUUUACACUCUCCAGGGUGCCACCUCCGGCCCCAAGUAUCUCAUGAUCGUCGAAGCCAUUGGUUCCAACGGCCGCUACUUCCGAAGCUUCACCGCUACCAGCCUCAGCGGGAACUGGACUCCUCAGGCUGCUUCUGAACAGAACCCUUUCGCCGGCAAGGCGAAUAGCGGUGCCACCUGGACCAACGAUAUUUCCCACGGUGACCUGUACCGCACCAACCCCGAUCAGACCUUCACUGUCGACCCUUGUAACCUGCAGCUGGUCUACCAGGGUCGCGAUCCUAGCAACCAACCUAGCGACUACAACCUUCUGCCUUACCGCCCUGGUGUCCUUACACUCCAGCGGUAG